AUGUUUUGGUUCAAUUUUCAUGAUGGGCCAAAUAUAACUCGUAUUGGAUCAGGGGGCCUUGUAGCUGCUUUGGGCUCCCAAAUCUUCACCCAAUUUAAGCUAAAACUCCUCCCCCUCCCUUUAUCCCUCGCGGGCCCAAAUUCCAGCGCAGCGGCGGCGUUGCAUCAAUGUCGCUGCGUCAACUCCGCGCAAGGCCCCUCCUCCUUCGCCGGCAACGCCUCUCUCCUCGCCGCCUCCGCUCGAGCUCAAACACGAGCUCUCCUCUCCCACCCCCAGCCCAACCCUCCUCUCUCAGCUCGGCGAUUUCACUCUCGAGCACGACGACGCCGGGACCAAGGACGUGGUCCUGAGGCGGAGGGGCGAGCGGGAGGAGGUCGCGGUCUCCGGUCUGUUGGGCCGGAUCCGGUUCCCCGACGAGGGGAACCCGAUAGGGGAGGCCCGAUAGGGGAGGUUUUGAUGAAGGUUUGCGUGAAGAAGCUGGGGUUUGAUCCGGUGCUGCACUUUGAUUGCAUGGUGGCUGAUGAUGGGUUUAGGGUUAGGAAUGUCCGGUAUCAUCGGUUUGUCGGGGAUUCGGACCCGAACAAGUAUCGAGGACAUCGGUUUGGUCUCUUAGAUCCUCGGCUACAGAAAUCAUUGAAGGAAUACCUUGAAGCUAGAGGAAUCAACGCUGAACUGACCACAUUUCUUUUCCAGCACUUGCUUAACAAGGAGCAUAGUCAGUACAUAAAUUGGCUGCGCGUUAUGGAAGUUUUUUCUGCAAAGCAUGCAUCAUAGAGGGUAUUAUGUGAGGAGGAAUCAACACAACAAUAUCUCCAAUAAUAUUGAAUGCAAAAGUAAAAUUCUGGCCAAGUUGAGGGAUAAUUGAUUUUUGUAUAAUAAGGCAAGGAAAUUAAUUUUUUUGCCUGAUUUAUAUCUUAUGUAUUUUUGAUAAUCUAUUACCUGAUUGCCUGUUGUAUUUCGAUACAUUGUAUGGGGGGCAAAAAGGUAUUUAAGUUUAUUUUUCCAAUACUUUAUUCAUUCC